CUACAGCUAUAGCUGAGCAUGUACAAGCCAGUUACAAGUAUAAACAAGAGCAUCUGAAGAGAUAUUCAAGAGUUGGAAGGUUGCUGCAAUCUUCAAGACGUUGCUACGAUACACAGAUAGAUUGAAGAAGCGUUAGGCAUUAAAAUCAAGAGCUCUAAUUGUAUACUGAAUUGGAAAAGCUCCUGAGAGUGUAUACAACUUGAUUUAUUAUAAUCAUGGCUCAAUCAAUGGAUGACAUCCAACCUGACCUGAACAAAGCACCUCCACAUGUUGAAGGUGAACUGCUCAAGGAAAAUGUGAAGACUACGUUUGGCCGCCGAGGAUGGAGAAAAUAUUUCUUCGUUGUACGUGGGGACAAGCUUCAGUACUUCCGUAAGAAAGAUGAGUACGAAACUAACAAGGAACCAAUCACCUAUGUCAAAAUGUCACAGGUGGUGGAGAUAACAGAGGCUGUGUAUAGCGGAGUGCCCAAAAAGCAUCACCUCAAUUGUGGGUUCAGUGUUGUCUCGUACCAUCCCCACACUCAAGAGGAGCAGACCUUCCACCUGCUGGCAGAGACGCCCGAGGAUAUGAGAUACUGGGUGCAUGGCCUGAGGUAUAUCAAGGCGUAUUGGUCCAAGAUGAUGGUGCGUGAUACUGUUCUCAGCGAGGAGCAAGAGCGGAAACUUUUGGACAGGAUUCUCAAUGAAGAGGACUAUGAACGGGGAGAUGAGGUGUACGGUGACUACACCAUCGGGGAGGGCGGGCAGUCAGACGAAACAACAAGUCGACAAGUUGCCGUUCAUUUCGCUAAUGGGUCAAAGGUCAAAGUGACGCUGUCAACGACUGAGACAACCUCUGACCUCUUGGAGAUGAGUGAGAUAAAGGAGCAGCUGUCCUCCUCGUCUGCUUAUAUAGUGCGAGUGGAUGAAGUUGGAAAAGAUGUUAUCCUGGAGACGCAGGAUCACCCCGCCCUGUACCACUCGAAGAGCUCCACCCUCUACGCAGUGGAACACUCACACAGGCUUUUGGUGGUCUACAUUGACAACCAGAAGGACUUUGAGUGCAUCUACGUGAGCCCCCACGCCACGGACACGGAGAUCAUUCAGCACAGAGAGAUUUCCGUGAAACUAGACAUGACAGGCGUAGGAAAUCGAGGUCUGUUCCUGAAGCUGAGAGAUAGUGAGCAGCCGUUUGGUCUAGGAGAGUCGCCCUGUGACGUGCUGUUUGAGAUGAAUAUCAAUGGAGAACUUAGGAGGCUGCCCGUGGGCCACCUGGUAGUGAAGAACAAAGCGUUGGGAGGGGGGCGCUCCACCUCUAGAAUCACAAGACGCUGGAUUAACCGCUCCACUACACACAGGCCCGUUAGGUCUGUCUCAGACGAGGGAAAGAAGUUAGAGGAGAUAUCGGAGGAGGAGGAUGCUCAGGCAAUGGCAUUGGACAAUUUCUUCAAUCGAAUGGGUGGGGCUAGGGUGGAGCUUGAUAGUACCACUGAGUUGGAAAUUGAUGGAAUGGUCUAUGUGUUACCACCUGACUUCAACAAAGAUUCGAAGCGUCUAAGUUCGGGGUCUGUGAACUCUGACCGCAGUGAUGAAAGCAAGCAUGACGAGGACCACGGUUUGGAAGAUUUGACCUCUCCCUCGUCAUCACGCCCACACUCCGGGAGUAUGGGGGGACUGCGGAGGUCACGUCUUCGUCCUGGUGAUAAGUUUUCAAACUCCUCCCCCUCUGGGUCACCCGCCACCUCCCCUCCUCGUAGCCGCUCCAAGUCACCAGGACGCAGAUUGCCUGACCUCCCUGCGAAGGACUCGUCAGUGCCAAAAAUGUCACCAUCUCAACAGAAAAAGUCACAGACACUUGAUAAAGACUUCAAAGGGUCUCCUGGUGCGCUGAAGCGUAGGGGGGCCACACGAGCCGGUUCACUGCGAUCGUCCAACCUUUCGGAGGGCGGUCACGGCUAUCACAACCAACCACGAGGUUCCUGGACAGAGGGGGUGUCUAAAAAGAACGAAGACCCACCCGAGGUGAAAGUGGGCAUGGCUGCUGCUAAAAUGGGCGUGGUCGAACCAGCGGAAAGUGAGGAGAAAGUGGGAACAAGUCCGCUCUCUCUGCACAAGAGAGGGCCGACCAUUAUCCUCAGCAAUGAAAAGGGAGGUGUGGUUGGAGAUGCGAGGACAGAUAGGCCCACGCUCACUACUAGACCACGGAGUCCAUCCAACAGAGGCUCGAUGGUGUUUGACAAUCUUAACCUUGGUGAUUCAAGGAGCUCCUCGUUUGGCCGCUCUCAGUCUCCAGCCGGUGAUAACCUCUUAUCAUCUUUGCCUGCCUCCAUCGAGCAACAGGAGGUUACUAUUCCCAACGUCAGCCUGUCAUUGACGUCAUCAUUUGGAGCAGCUGCAGCCCCCUCUGUUGACGACGAGGCUCGUCUGGAGCAUCUGUUCUCGCGUUCCUUCCAACAGGAACAAGAAGAGAAGUCGUCUCACAUCACUAAACAGGUCGACACACUGAGUGCAAAGGUAAAGGCCGUCACUGAAGGCAGCAAAGAACAGAAAAAUGUGCCAAGGGAAUCCCCUAAUGUCUCCCCUAGUCAUCAGUUCACUCCAAUGUUGAUAGACUUUGCGGCCUUGCAAGCUCCACCCACUUCCCCCAGCGAGACUGCCCCCAGCAAACCAACAGCUUCCACCAUCAACGUCACGUCUCCAAGUUUCUUGAAAGUUAUUCUACUUCAAUCAUCCACCGUUGCGGACGCCACUGAGGAAACUAAGCCAAUGGAUUUCAUCAACCUCUCGGGGGUGUGUCUCCGAAACGAAAGAGGGGCAUGGCAGAUCCAAGACGGCUACAACUAUCACGAUCCUUUACCGUUUGAUUGCACUGAUCACACCGAGACUUUCCCACUGCCUGGGGGCAUACGAGUGGUGUAUAAUCACACCCACAAGCGAUGGCACGUCUACCCACCCCCUCCGAUAAGCUCCGCCCCUAGUGUGGACGAGGACAGGUCCAUGGCUGACAGUACUGAGCAUGCCCAGCCCAAAGAGGAGGUGGACAGUAGGGAGUCCAGUACCGAAGUAUCCCUCUACCUGACAAAGAAAUUGAUUGUCACAGAAAUCGGCACAGCCUUCCAUCACGUUAUGGAACAGUUUGAAGUUUCUAGGGACCAAGCAGGGAAGAAGAAGAUCGGCUCUGACAUGGUGAACGUAGCCAUGGGUCACCUGAUACGAGGAGAGUUUUGUACUGCCAUUGCUAAGCUGCUAUUGGACGGCAUGAAGCCUUAUCGCCUUGAGGGCCUGAUUCAGGACGAUGUGUGGAAGGUCACCGUGGCAUUCAGCAAUGAGGCUCAAUCAAAUCCGUCUUUGGUCUAUCCGUCAUUCGACAAGCUCGUCUUUCAGCCGAUCAACUCCCUCAAGACCCUGAUGAAGGAUUACAACAUAAAGUACAGAACCUUUGUGUGUCUUGCCAUGUCACGGGGGAUGCUCACCGGAUUCCUUGAGGCACUGCCGAAGCAAAACAAUACACUGAAGAAGUUCUAUUAUCCGAAUGCGUUUCUUCGUCUGGCCGCCGACUACCAACCUUAUCAAGCUCUCUAUCAGCAAAUCCUCGUUACUCUUGAGCCAAUGGUCCAUUUGCCCUUUGACCUCAGUAUCGACUUUGAGAGCAGACAGGCGCUGGAGAGAGCUAAGAGUGUUGAGGUGGGGGUGGGCGAUGGCGUCAGUGAGACCAGCUCUGUCAGUGACCAUUCCAACUCCUCGACUCCGGUACGUCCUAUUGUGGUCGUCAAGACGCAUGCCGCUACUGGUCAAAGAACGACAGCUGGAAAUGUGAAGAGUGUAGUCUGGGACACCAGCCCCCUCCACGGCUCCGCUAGAGAUCAGGCAACAAUAGAGGAAACAGAUGACGGACAUCUCACGACUGUUACGGCGCUAAAACAACUCCAAGAGAAGCACAAUCAACGGAGUCCCACUAGAACACCGUUCACUGAGCUACACCCACCAACACAAGCCCCGCCCAGCUCUCGCCAGCGUACUACCAUCAUCAAGAAGAAUCAGCAGGGGCCUUGGUGGAAGAAGAUAUCUGACGGUUUCCUUGAGUUAAAUAAGGGUGGAGCCAUUACAGGCCCUCCAAAGCAACUGAAGCAACAGUCACCCAAACCACCACCACCACCCGAGUCAAAUGAGAGGAAAGUGAAGGCACUCUACAAUAACAUUGGAGAUGAUGCGGAUGAGCUUACAUUUAACAAGGACGAUAUUCUGGUUGUCAAGGAACAAAUUAACGAAGAGUGGCUCAUAUGUACGACUGGCAACAGAAGUGGUAUUGUACCAUUCAGCUAUGUGCAAGCCGUCUGAUAUACCUAACUGUUAAAAUAUACAUGCACUGUAGUGAACAAUGUUAUGCGCUGCUUUUUUGUAAUAAAUUUUGUUACUUUUUUUGAUUCGUAUUGUAUUGUUCUGUACAUUUAUAAUAAUCUUUGUGGAGUGUGA